AUGUAUAGAAAAACCACAUUUCCCCCACGCUCCGCUCCGAAAUACCACUUCACCAACCAUGUCAAUCCUUUGAAAAAGGAGUGGAUUGUGUAUGCCCAAACUCACAUUACCGAUGCGGCUAAGCAGGCACAGUGGAUUGCCCCAGACCAGUGGAAAGAGUACCUCAACGAGGUCUUCGACUACUUUGGUACUGGAGAGCCCGAAUCUAACGAUAACUAUCCUCUGAGGGCAUAUAAAAAUACUACUUCUUUUACCGCCGAUGGCUUUCCUAUUAUGACUACCAGCCUCCUCAGCGAAAAGGAUGUUAUUGAACAGAUUGCCAAGCGUCAAGAUUUCAACAAUUGGAAGAUCCGAAAAGCUCUUAGAAUUCCCUCGAAACACGAAAAGAAGACCGAGCAAUAUUCUCAAGAAACCACCGAGGCUAUCAUUGAGUAUUCGCAGGCUGUCAAAACCACCAUAUUUACUAUGGGAGGCAAGAACUUGGAACGUUUUACUGCGCUCGGAAUGCCUGGUGUGCCCCAGGGGGUGCACAUCAAGGUAUUUGCCUGCUUAAACGCUUUCUUAGCAGCCAGGUCAUCUGACACUUUCAAGGCUAAGUCCGAGACUGAGACUAGAGAUGACAGCGAAGAUAAAUUCUUCGUCCGUCCUGAGCCGGCGAUGCAUGAGCAGUGCUAUCAUAAUGGUCAAGAUAAAUACCAGAAUCAGCGUUGCUAUGAGCGCAAGCGUUAA